UACUCUCUCUCUCUCUCUCUCUCAUAUCAGUCUGAAAACAGAGAAAAAAAGCUCUGUUGUCCUCUGUUUUUCUCUUAGUGAGAGAAAUGCAAGGAGUUUAGAAGUAAAUGGUACUUUCUGAAUUCUGAGACUUAUAAUUUAUCUUCGUAAUAUAAGAUUUUUGGGCUUCGAAUUAUUUAAGGAUGUCUUGGAUUUACUACAGUAAAAGUGGUUGUGUAUUACUGUUACAUUCUUUGUUGAUGGGUUGGGAUGAUGAAAAGAUAAGAGUGGACCCCACGGCUCCUGCGCCCACUUGAUUUGGCGGAUGAAAGGUGGAACUAGGUGCAUUUGAUUGCAAGCUUGGAACUUGCAUUGAAAGAAAAUUAAGUUAGCAGAAUCAAUUUCCGGUUGGUUUGAACUGGCUGUGACGAAGAAUCUUUAUAUUUAUGACGGGUGCAGCUAUUUCAUUUUCAGCCAGCAUCUUUCCCCAUUUUUGCUAGUUUUUGAAGAUCGAAAGGUCAUUUUUGAGUUACAAAUUGAAUAAAGUACUGCAGUCUCUACUUUGUAUGUCACCAUGGGAAAUAGUGAAGACGGGAAGGUUUCUAUGCCUGAGAAGUCAUCCUCACCUGCAAUGGACCAGCAUAAUAUACAUGUAUUCCCUGAUUGGACCAAGAUGCAGGCUUACUAUGGUCCUCGACUUGCUGUACCUCCUUAUCUAAACUCAGCUGUUACCUCUGGUCAUGCUCCUCCCCCCUAUAUGUGGGGACCACCACAGGCUAUAAUGCCACCUUAUGGGCCUCCAUAUGCGGCAUUCUAUGCACAUGGCAGCAUUUAUGCACAUCCAGGAGUUCCUAUCGCUGGUACUCCUUUGAGCAUGGACACACAAACCAAGUCAUCGGAGAAUACAGACGGAAGUUUGUUGAAGAAAUUGAAAGAAUUUAAUGGGCUUGCAAUGUCAAUAGGCAAUGGCAAUGCCGACUCUGACAGUGCUGAAGGUGGAUCCAACCCUAGACUUUCAAAGAGUGGGGAAACUGGAGAUUCCAGUGAUGAAAGUAAUGGGAUCACUGCAGGGGUUGGUCACAAAGGCAAGAAAAGAAGUCGGGAGGAAACUCCUAACAAUGCUGUAGACAGCAAGGCUCAAACACAUAACAGUUUGAUGGAUAUGGUCGUACCUGAAAAGGCUCCAGAAAACGUCUCCACAGCAUUAGAACUCAAAGAUCUUUCUUACACAAAUGUGAAGUCUGUUCCAACUAAAUCGCCUCAACCACCCUUGACAAAUGAAGCUGGGCUGCACAAUGAUCGGGAUCUGAAGCGAGAGCGAAGGAAACAGUCUAAUCGAGAAUCUGCUAGAAGAUCAAGGUUGAGAAAACAGGCUGAGGCUGGGGAACUAGCUACAAAGGUUCAAAUGCUAACUCAUGAGAAUUUGACUCUCAAAUCCGAGAUACAUAAAUUACUGGAAAACUCGGAUAUGCUGAAGGUCGAGAAUGCUACGUUAAUGGAGAAACUAAAAGAUGCUCAACUAGGCCAAACAGAGAUAAGCCUACACAAAAUUGAUGAUCCGAGGCUGAAACCAAUUGGGACGGCAAAUCUACUCUCAAGAGUUAAUAACUCCGAUAGAAAAAAUGAGAGCGAUACUUACGAGAAUAAAAGCUCGGGAACAAAGCUUCGUCAGCUUCUGGAUGCUAGCCUGAGGACUGAUGCUGUGGCUGCCAGCUGAUCGAAUCUGUACACUUGA